GCACAGCUCAAAGAGGUUCAGAACUUGGAGUGUGUCAUUCAGGUCAUGAAGGCGAACAGCCAGCCGGCCUGGUCUGCCGGUAGCAGUGCGUGCAGCAAGAAGCAGUUCGACACGUCCAACAUGACUCUUGACUUCUGCGCGAAGGGGCCGCCCGAGCGUUUGCAUCUGGAUGACUGUGAUGUGGAUCCGGCGACAGAUUCUAGCAUGCCUGGCAGCGCACCAUACGUGAAGCAGACGUAUUCAGAGCUGCCCAAGACUGCGCCGGCCAAAGCUUGCGACUCCGUGUGCUGCUUGGAGCAGGUCCAGUGCCCAGAGAACUCCAACGGCAUCAGCACCGUUUUGGGCUGUGUAUGCAACAAGGGAUUUCACGGCAAGAUUGUUGCGCUGGCGGACGCGCCGUAUUCCAAGGGAACCUGCGAACCGGUGGCGUGCCCAGCCAACUCCACGGGAGAGAACGUCGGCAAGGGCUGCAAGUGCAACGCGGGCUUCCACGGCAACAUUGUGCCAGUCAGGGAGUCGCCGUAUUUCCGCGGGAGCUGCGCCAAAGUUGCUUGCCCAGAGGAUGCCGUCGGUGGCUAUGUGCCAGAUGGUUGCACGUGCUCGGCAGGCCGUGACGGUGUGAUCUCGGCCUUGGACCGACAUCCCUUCUAUUCUGACACAUGUGAGGCAGUGAACUGCCCUUCCAACAGUGUGGGCGAGGAUGUUGUGCAGGGCUGCGAGUGCUUGCCAGGAUUCAACGGCACAAUUAAGCCCAAGCUGGGUCAGCCUUUCUUUACGGGAGGUUGUCAACAUGUUGCUUGCCCACCGGAGGCAGACGGUGACAGUGUUGCUGUUGGCUGCCGGUGCAAGGCCGGAUACACCGGUGGAGUCACGGCUAUCAAAGCGGCGCCUUUCUAUGCGAGCACUUGCACUGAGGUGCCCUGUCCUGUCGGUACCACAGGUACUUCUGUUUUGGAUGGCUGCACCUGCAAAGCUGGAUCCUCUGGCAAUAUUGCAGCAUCCGAUACCACACCUUUCUUUGAGGGAUCCUGUGCGCCAGUGGCAUGCCCCUCGGGGACCGUUGGUGAGAACUUGCUCAAGGGCUGCGCAUGCCCAGAGGGGCACCAGGGCAGCGUCAAGGCGACAGCAGAAUUUCCAUACUACGAGUCCACCUGCGUGCCUGUUCCCUGCCCGCCUCAAUCUUUCGGAGCAAAUGUAGCCAAAGGCUGCACUUGCAGAGACGGCUACUCCGGUGUGGUCAAUGCUUCGAGCAAGUUCCCCUUCUUCACUUCGACAUGCUUAGCUGCGGCUUGCCCAGCAAACUCUGCAGGCACCUCAGUGCCAGAUGGAUGCCAGUGCAAAGCCGGGUUCGAGGGACAAAUCAUGGCCACGGCCGUGGCGCCGUACUUCAGCGGGACGUGCAAAGCAGUUCCAUGCCCAUCUGAUUCCUCUGGCACGAAUGUGCCCGAUGGCUGCACCUGCCUACCCGGCAUGGUCGGUGAGGUUUGGGCGACCUCAGGGGCUCCGUUUUAUAGAAGCACCUGCAAGUCCUUGGCCUGUCCGGUACAUUCGAAGGGCAACUCGGUGCCCGAAGGCUGCGUUUGUGACCCGGGCUAUGCUGGCAAGGUCGAGGCAGUUGUCGGCGGCCUGAAAAACUCCUGCAGGGCCGUGGCCUGUCCUCAGCAUAGCGAGGGCUCGCUGGUGACGACGGGCUGCAGCUGCAAGGCUGGCUUUACUGGGACCAUCGCCGCCGCUUCCACAUCACCCUUCUACAGCGGUGGCUGUCAAGCCGUGCAAUGCCCGGAGUUCUCGAAGGGAGACAAUGUUGCAGUGGGAUGUAAGUGCAAUGCUGGCUACAGUGGACGAAUCAUGGCUUUGAAAGCUGCCCCUUUCUUCGAAGGUGUUUGCACCGCUGAGGGUUGCCCUGACAAUGCGGAGGGUGAAGAUCUCGCCAGCGGCUGCUCAUGCAAACCCGGCUACAGUGGAUCCAUAGAGGCCAUCAAGGAGGCCCCUUUCUACAAAGGGAGUUGCGUGCCGGCCGCUUGCCCUGCAAACUCAACAGGCACAGACGUUCCCACAGGAUGCUCCUGCCUCCCAGGCUUCGAAGGGACCGUGGAGCCGAGCACAAAGGCACCCUUCUACAUCAGCACGUGCAAGCUCGUACAGUGUCCCGAGAACAGCAGGAUGCAUCUGCUCACCAGGGGAGAGUGGUACCGUCGAGGCGACAACAGAGGCCGCAGUGUGGUCGACGGCUGUGCUUGCGCAAAAGGCUUUGCUGGCUCCGUUGUGGCUUCUUCCAAGGAGCCCUUUUACCAAAGCAACUGCGUUGCUGUGGGGUGCCCUGCUAACUCCGAGGGCACGGAUGUUGCCAGUGGAUGCACAUGCAAGCCUGGCUACACGGGCGAGAUCGUGGCGAUAUCGGAGGCUCCGUACUACAAGGGUGCGUGCUUGGCGGCAGCCUGUCCUGCAAACUCUGUUGGAUCUAACGUCCCGAGCGGAUGCACUUGCGCUGCAGGCUUCAGCGGCUCCAUCGUAGCAACUUCCCAAUCACCGUUCUAUGAGGGCAACUGCACCGCAGAACCUUGCCCGGUCAAGUCAAACGGAAAGAACGUGGCCAGCGGCUGCAAGUGCAACCCUGGUCAUAGUGGUGCCAUCACAGCAUCCAUGAAAGCACCCUACUUUGAGGGGAAAGGGUUUGCAGGCAAGAUUGAGCCUGCUCCGCUAGAGCCAUUCUAUAGUGGCCAGUGUCAGAAGGAGCUGAUGUACCGAGCGGCUGCACAUGCAGAGCCGGCUACAGCGGCAGCAUUGACGCUUCCAGAGAUUCGCCAUUCUUCGAUGGCAGAUGCGUUUCCGUGGAGUGUCCCGACAAUUCUGAAGGCUCCCUACUUCGAGGGAAGCUGCGUGCCUGUGAAUUGUCCGGCCAACUCCGCCGGAGUGGAUGUCACUUCUGGCUGCACUUGCAACGAGGGCUACAGCGGUGCUGUUCAAGCAAUCAGCACUGCACCUUUCUACAAGAGCACCUGUGAGCCGGUAGCAUGUCCGGCGAACUCUGUCGGCAAGAAUGUGCCUGAUGGCUGUUCUUGCAAGCCCGGGUUCACUGGCAGCGUGCUCGCGAGUGCAGACGCACCAUUCUAUCUCAGCAGCUGUGAGCCGGUUGCUUGCCCCAAGGAUUCCUCUGGCCAGAACGUGCCGGAGGGUUGUGCCUGCAAUGCUGGCUUUUCAGGCAAGAUUGUGGCCAAAGCAGAUUCACCGUAUUUCGAGGGUGCUUGCCAGCCAGUGACUUGUCCUGCGCACUCCAAGGGCCUGGAUGUUCCAACCGGUUGCAAAUGCGAAGAUGGCUAUAGAGGAAAGAUUGUGGCUUCCAGUAAAGCCCCUUUCUUUUUCACCGGCUCCUGUACGGCGGUUCCCUGCCCAGCGAAUUCCAAGGGCAAAAGCGUUCCAGAAGGAUGCACAUGUGAGGAAGGAUUUAGUGGUUCAGUGACUCCUUUACCAUCUGCGCCCUUCUACCUCAACGACUGUGCCCCAGUUUCAUGCCCAGCCAAUUCCUUCGGGAAAAACGUGCCUACAGGCUGCCAGUGCAAUGCUGGCUACACAGGCAGUGUGUCAGCUACCAGUGAUGCGCCAUUCUACUUGAACAUGUGCAAGGAGGUGCCCUGCCCGGCGGACUCGAUGGGCCAGGGGAUCGCGAGCGGCUGCAAAUGCCACCCUGGCUUCAGUGGCAACAUCCAGGCCAGCACACAAGAGCCGUUCUACACCGGGAGCUGCGUGGCAGAGGCAUGCCCCGAGAACUCGGAUGGCCUGGACUUGAGCAGCGGCUGCAAGUGCAACCCGGGCUACAGUGGAACCAUCACUGCCACCCAGGUGGCCCCGUACUUCUGUGGCACCUGCGAGCCCGUGGCCUGCCCGGAUCUGUCUACUGGGCCAGAUGUGCCGACAGGCUGCCAGUGUAAGGUUAGCACGUGUGGUGCCACGGCGUGA